AUGCGAGCUUCAUCUGGAGCGACGAUGAGAACCUUUUUCGCCAUCGCCGUCGCCCUGUUGAGUCUUCAACUCUGGAAAGCAAAAUACGGGCUCAAAAACGCGAUCUUCACAACCCCAGAUCUCCCUGAAGGCUACUACCAUGCUGGCAACUAUCUCACCCAGUGUUCAACACUGAAGGAUGAACAGAACGGCCUGCUCAAACAUUGCGAGGACGCGACUUUCUGGGAAAUGCAUGACGAUGCUGGAAAGUUGACCGAGAGAAAAGUUAUUCUCAGCUGCGAUGCUGGACGAAGAGAAUGGAACACCGUAAUGGGUCCUCUGAAAAAUCCUGAACCUCAUGGUUCGUUGUGGCUUUAUACACCUCAAACAUCCAAAACUGUUCAAAUUUCCCUGGAGGAAUACCCAGCUGGGCAUGAUUUUCACCCGCUAGGAAUCGAAGUCUAUCCUUCGUACGGAGGGAACGCAUCGUAUCUCUACGUUGUCAACCAUGCUCGCCAGAAAACGGUCAUUGAGCAGUUCCUCGUUGAUCCUGCCAAACCCACACUCGCAAAGUAUCUUCAGACGCUAAGCCACCCACUGUUCAUUUCUCCGAACUCUGUAGCUUUGACUUCCCCAACCUCUUUCUUCGUUACCAAUGACCAUCUCUUCACCCGAAGACUCCCGAUCUUAGGAUCUUUUGUUCCCUUAGUGGAAACACUCCUCACACUUCCCCUGGGUUUCGUAUCUCACGUCUCACUCGACGGACGAGCGGAGUCAGAACAAAGCACCAUUUCCCAUUCAGUCGUUGCACCAUUCAUCUCCUUCUCUAAUGGCGUGGCAGUCUCACCGCAAGGCUCACAACUAGCCGUAGCAUCCACGACAGUCGGCAAGGUAUACAUCUACAAUAUCACAAAAUCCCCCUCACCAUCUGUCACACACGUCCACACCAUCCAACUUCCAUUCAGCGUCGACAACCUUGCUUGGACCUCACCAUCCGAAAUCGUCGUAGCAGGCCACCCUCAUUUCCCUUCAUUGCUCAAAUUCAUCGCGAGAAAGAGGGAGUAUGCACCUAGUUGGGUCGUCGCUAUUCAGAUCAAUAUAGAUGGUAGCCCGAAAGCAACGCCGAACGAGACAAAGACUUUUGAUAUCCAUGCGCCGCUCUCAUUGAACACGAAAGUACCCCCUCCACCUGCCCCUUAUACCAUCGAGACUCUCUUCCAAAGUGACGGCUCAGUGUUCUCGACAUCUACCACCGGUCUUCAUGACCCAUUAACUGGUGAGCUCUACAUCUCCGGGCUAUACGCAGAAGACGGUGCCAUGAUAUGUAAACCUGAAGUGAAUCAGUAG